CGUGAACGCGUGGUGGACUUACUGACUGAUAAACGACGCUUACCUCAUGAUUUCGCAAGAAAUGCCAAACGUGGAACAAUAUUUGCUCAUGUACGUGCAUGAUGCAUACAUGCAUGCACGUCCUUACCGAGUGCUUCCUUUCCCUCUUACAGGUUUCAGCCUAAUAUCAGUCAUUUGCUCUGAAUGUAUCUCUCCUUCCCCCUGACAAAUGUCCGUACCUGAUCCGAUUCAUCUAGGCUUUUUCAUCAUUAGAACAUAUGCACUGUGGAAUAACAACAAAAUCGUGCUCGGAGCCAUGCUGACCGCGUUUUUCGCUGUCAUCGUAGCAUCCGUCGGCGUUCUAUUUGCCACUACUGCCAACGCACCAUUUAUGGUCAGCCCGAUCCCAGGCAUCACAGGCUGCUACCAGUCCUCGGGGAGCGUUGAGCUCUUCAUACCAUUUGUUCUCUUGUUCACCCUCGAACUAGGGCUCAUAUCCCUUACGCUCGUACGCGCUAUACAGAGCUGGCGGACCGCCAAUAACCUUCUGUACGACGUCCUGCUGAAGCAUAACAUAUUCUACUAUGCAUGCGGUCUAUUUUUCUCGGCUGCAAAUGUUCUCAUGUCGCUGUUACUCCAUUACGCUUACAAUGCCAUGUUGCAAGAUUUCCAGCUCAUCAUCCUCGCGAUCCUUGCUACACGCAUGCACCUCCAUCUGUGGCAUGUCGACCGGCGCCUACAUAGCUCUGACGGUCUCAUGCUCAUUCCUCUAUCUGACGUGUCAACUGCGAGCCGCACUGCUGAAGGCGCUUAGCUUGCUUGUUCGGCGUCGUGAGUGGAGUGGAAUUUGAACAGUGCGAGGGAGACCGGUGACCCUGCUUCAUAGGCGCAAGGUUUUAUUUGGAUCGCAUGUACUGGACGGGAGUCGGUGAGGGUAUGGUGGGGUGAGCUGGUCAUAUUCAAUAUUCAGGAUCCACGCGCUUGGGGAAUGCAGUUCCUGCUGUGUCACGAGAUAGGGUGCUACGUUUGGACUUGGACGUGUUUAACGCCGAUAGUCAAGCUCGCAAACUGAUGGGGCGGAAUAAGUGC